AGACGUAAAGCUUGUGCAACAUGGCGACUCUCCGAAGAGACUACGGAGAGUGGAGAUACAACCGCUUUUAAACCAGAAAAUCCAUAUAUUUGUGCCUUGUACAAUGUGGCGGGUUUAGCCCAAGCUACGACAUCUACAACAUUGUAAACGAUGUUUGCAGAGGCCAGUCUGUCUGUGUGGGGAUGGGGGGGUCUAGGAGUGGUGCUGUUCCUCAUCACUUUUGGACCCUUCGCUAUCUUCUACCUGGCCUUCUAUAUCUGCUGCGUUGUAGGCGGUGGUUUUGCGGUCACUCUGUUGUUUGGGAAGACCAACUCAGAGAGACAUCUUGAGAAGUGUGAACACUCCUACCUGCCAGCCACGCAAACGGGUAUACUGAAGACGUUGGAUGAGAUGAGGUUGGAGCAGAAGCCUAUAAAGAUAGACAGGAGACUGACUGGCUCCAACUACAUAGACGAGCCUCUGCAACAGGUCAUCCAGUUUGCAUUGAGAGAUUAUAUUCAGUAUUGGUAUUACACUCUGAGUGAGGAUGAGUCUUUCCUGCUGGAAAUCAGACAGACUGUCCAGAACGCUUUGGUCCAGUUCUCUACACGGUCUAAAGAGGUGGACUGGCAGCCUUAUUUCACCACCAGACUGGUGGAUGACUUCGCUACUCACCUCCGAGUCUUCAGAAAGGCCCAGGACAGACUGGAGCGCAGGGAUGACAAUAAACAGAGGGACUUGUCGGAGGAGAUGGUGGAGUCAUUCUUUGAGGCGGAGGUAGAGAUGGAGAGGAGCGUCUGCAGAGACGUGGUCUGCACCUCCCUGAAGGAUGAAGAAGGGUUCCUGAGGGACUUGUGUGAGGUGCUGCUCUACCUUUUACUACCUCCUGGAGACUUCCACAACAAGAACAUGAGAUACUUCCUCAGGGAGAUUCUGGCGCGAGGCGUUCUCCUUCCUCUGGUCAACCAGCUGAGUGAUCCUGAUUACAUCAACCAGUUUGUUAUCUGGAUGAUCCGGGACUCUAGCUGUAACUACGAGGCGUUUAUGAACAUCUUGAAGCUGACAGACAAAGUGUCUGAGCUGGAGGCUGUUAAAGACAAGGCCCUGGAGGAACUACAGUACCUACGAUCACUGGACACCGCAGGAGAUGAUAUCAAUGUUAUAAAGAAUCAGAUCAACAGUCUGUUGUUUGUGAAGAAGGUCUGUGAGACCAGGAUACAGAGGCUACAGUCAGGGAAGGAAGUGGAUACUCUGAAACUAGCAGCUAAUUUGGGCAAGCUGUGCAUCAUCCCACUGGAACACGUCCUUGUUCACAACAUCGCCUUGCAAUUCUUUAUGGACUACAUGCAGGCGGCUGGGGCCCAGGCAGAGCUGUUCUUCUGGCUGACAGUGGAGGGCUACAGAGUAACAGCCCAGCAACAACUAGAGGUGAUGGAGGGAUGGCAGAAGGAUGGAAAGAAGGGAGGUUCCACUCAAGGACUGCUGAAGGCUGCAGCAUUAGGGGUCUAUGAACAGUACCUGUCCGAUAAGGCGUCCCCCAGGGUGCAAGUAGAUGAGGUGUCUGUAGUCAAACUAAGAGAAAAGCUACAGAAGGAAGGAGACCCCACGCCAGAGAUAUUCGACGAGAUCCAGAGAAAAGUGUAUGACAUGAUGCUUCGUGAUGAGAGGUACUACCCGUCGUUCAGACAGAGUCCCCUCUACAUCAGGAUGUUAGCUGAACUGGACAUGCUCAAAGAACCGUCUUAUAGAGGAUCAGAUGACGGAGAUGGAGAAUCGUUCAAUGGUUCUCCAACAGGAAGCAUUAAUCUAUCUCUGGAUGACCUUUCGAAUUCCUGCCAUGACGACAAUAUACAGCUACACGCCUUCAUCUCUGACACAGUAGCUGAUGCUUGUCUCCCCGGGGCUGGGUUGGGUAUGGGGUUGGGGCUGCUGGGUGCUACAGGGGUGUGUAAUGACCACGGCAAGACCUACGCCCUCUAUGCCAUCACCGUGUGCCGCCGUAACCACGACGGCAGCGAGGACUCCUGGAAAACGUACCGCCGCUACUCCGACUUCCACGACUUCCAUAUGAGGAUCACGGAGCAGGUAAAGUUUGAGAACUUGAUGUCGAUACUGAAGCUGCCAGGGAAGAAGACGUUCAACAACAUGGACAGAGACUUCCUGGAGAAGAGGAAAAAAGAUCUCAACGCAUACCUACAGCUGCUGCUGAAUCCAGAGAUGAUGAAGGCCUGUCCUACUCUGGUUCACUAUGUCUAUGACUUCCUGGAGAAUAAGCAAUACAGCAAGGGCAAGGGAGACUUCGCACGCAAGAUGGAUACGUUUGUGAACCCGCUGCGUAGCUCGAUGCGUAACGUGUCCAACGCAGUGAAGAGACUGCCAGAUAGUCUGGCUGAAGGGAUGAACACUGCUGCUGACAACAUGGGACGCAUGUCAGAGAAACUGGGCCAGGACAUCAAACAGUCCAUGUUCAAGGUGCCUCCACUGCUCCCCAAGUCUGACGUUGACCCAGAGCACUGCCGAGUCUCAGCCCAGCUGGACGACAACGUGGAUGAUAAUAUCCCCCUGCGUGUGAUGCUGCUGCUGAUGGAUGAGGUGUUUGACCUGAAGGAGAGGAACCAGUGGCUUCGCAGGAACAUCAAGAACCUUCUGCAGCAACUCAUCAGAGCCACAUACGGAGACACUAUCAACAGGAAGAUCGUUGAUCAUGUGGACUUCAUGACAGCUCCAGAACAGGUGGCAGACUACGUCAAGAAGUUCAGGGAUUCAUACUGGCCCAACGGAAUCCUAGCAGAGUCUCCGCCCCGCCGGGACAAGAACAUCCGCAUGAGGACACGGGUCGCCGCCAAGACCAACCUAUUGGGAAUCAUGCCAGAUGAGUUGAAGCACAUCAUAGGGGCGGAUACGACUCGUAAAGGCAUCCUUCGUGUGUUUGACAUGUUCCAACACGGACCAAUGAAUCGUCGGCUGGUCUACGUGCUCCUAGAAGGAUUCCUGGAGACCAUGUUCCCUCAGUACAAGUUCCCAGAGCUGUUUGUCAAACUGCAUUCCCGUUCGCCGCGCACAGCCAGAUAUACACAGAAACUCAAGAGCACCUCCCUGAAGAGGUGACAGGAGACUGGGAUUGGGCAGGGUACUUGGUGACACACACUCGCUCACACGCCGUGAGAGAACAGAGAGAGGAGGGGAGUAGUGGGGAGGGUGUGUAUGUGUGCUGGUGAGAAGAGGUGUGCGUGUCCUUCUUUCUAUGUCUAGAGGUGCUUUUUGGGCCUUCCGAGCACUUAACUCUUCCCUCCUCUCCCCUACAUGCCUCUCACACUCUCCUCUACUCACUCACACACACACCCUCCUGUGCACAGUUUAGAGACCGCAUUUGUGUUUUAUUUUAUUUUUGUACUUUUUACUUCCUACUAAACUAUUUUAUUGUAGAUGUGUGGUCAGACUGACAGCUGCUCUGAUAUACACAGCAGCUGAUCUCCGUUACUGAUACCAGAGAGCAGCGCUAUGUAUAGAGAAAUACAUGGGUCGUUCCAUGUAAUGAGCCCCUUUUGGGUAGUGUUUCCCAAACUCGGUCCUGGGUUCACAAUGAGUUUUUUUGCCCUAGCACUACACAGCUGAUUUCAAGUAAUCAAAGCUUGAUGAUGAGUUUAUUAAUCAUCUUUGUAGUGCUAGGGCAAAAACCAAAACAUGCACCCCUUAAGGUCCCGAGGACCAAGUUUUGGAAAUGCUGGUUUAGAGUAAUUUGGUGGGAAAGAAAUGUAGAUUUAACGAAGAGCAUAUUUUCAACCUAAUAAAAAGCAUAGUUUCCCAUCUCAAGAGGUUAAAGAAAAGAAUAACUGGGCGGCAGGUAGCCUACCGGUUAAGAGCAUUGGGCAAGUAACCGAAAGGUCACUGGUUGGAAUCCCCGAGCCGACUAGGUGAAAAAUCUGUCGGUGCCGUUAAGGGCAAUUAACCAUCAUUGUUCCUGUAAGUUGCUCUGGAUAAGGGUGUCUGCUAAAUGACUAAAAUGAAGAAACAAAGAUGCUAAAUGUAAGUGCCAGAUAAGGUAACAGGGUUGACCGUAACAGGGUUGACCGUAACAGGGUUGACCGUAACAGGGUUGACGAUUUAACCUUCAAAUCAGCCAUAAAUCCCUUGUGACCGGGGGAAUGGAAGGCUCUUGUGUGCAACAGGGAGGGGCAAUUGAAUGCCAGCUUCACAAAAAACAAUGAAUUGUUAAAACAUUUUUAUCCUGUCUAUCUAUGGGUAACAGGGUUGACGUGUUAUGCUCAACCCGCUCAGUUUUCCACCACAAAACAAGACAAAAUGGCAAAAAAGAGUAUUACCAGCUCAUCUGCUUUUACAUUAUAAUUUUACUGUUAAAUGUUCAAUUUUUCACUUGAAUUAAAAAAAAAGAAUAGGAUAGUUCAUUUAACAGGGUUUACCUGAAUGAAUCACAUUAAAUAAAUACUCUUCACAAAUUACAUUGUCAAAGCAACAAUAUAACUUUGGCUUCACAGUGAUGGUGAAAACAUGGAGAGAUUUUGGGGUUAACAUCUUCCUAGAAGUCACAGAGAGUGCAUGGAGGGACAUGGCAAAAUGCAGAAUUGUGGCACUUUAGCAAGUCUAUUCAAAAUCAAAAUCAAAUGUAUUGAAUUGUCCAUGUGGUCACUUAAUUUAAUAUAACAGGCUUUUAAAGAUGCACUAUGCAGAAAUUGAAUUGAUCUGCCAUUGCCUGGUUGCGCAAAUUCUAAUAGUUCGCCUUAUUUCAGUUUGUGACGAAACAAGCAAGUACAGGGAAGAGAAUCAUUGUACUAUGUAAACCGCCUUGAAAUAGCUUUUCGAUAACCCAAAAUAUUGUAUUUUCAGCUGUUUGACGCUGGUGUACAAAAAAAAAACGAAUGUUAAAGUUGCUAAAUGAAACUUAAGACCGUGAAGCAUAGAAAUAACCCACAUAGAACAUAUAUACUGCUUCUAAGACUUGCUUUCAAUGAGUGACAGAUCUAUAACUAAUUUCUGUGUGAAUUUGGUCGGGUCGCCCAAAAAGUAAGAUAUUGCAGCUUUAAAAAUCAAUAUUGCCGCACAAUUUCUCCAAAAAUAUCAAAGGGAUGCAAAAGGGACUCAUUUCGUAGAACGACCCACAUAGGUUGAAUGGCAUAUGUUGUGUAUAUACUGUACCUGUACAUAGAAAUAGAAUAAAUAGAUUCUUUUUCUACGGGUGUAUAUAUAUAUAUAUAUAUAUAUAUAUAUAUGGGUCUGACUUGUACUGUAAGCUUUUAAACAGCAGAAGACAGAUGAGGAAAUAGAGACAGAGAAUGGACCUGCAGUGUCAACCACAUCCGGUUCUGCAAGGCGUUUUUUCACGUUUUUGUUAUUUUGUGUGUUUUUUUUACACAAUGUGACAUCCAUGCCUGCCAUAAUCCUUUCACACAGGGAGGCAGGGUUUGGCCUAAAGGCCAUUUCCCAUUUUUAAUGCACCGGUCAGUAGCCAUGACAACCAAAGCCCUAGCUGUCUGUGUCUCGACAGGCAUGAUAGACAGCUCUAGUCUACUCACUGUGCUUCCUAUUGUUAAUCAUGUGAAAGAAGAAGAAACCAGAAUGCACAGCUCACCUGCGUUCUCUCGAGCUGAGACCUGGGUACAUUUGAAAUGGCACCCCAUUCUAGUGCACUGCUUUUGGACAGACGGAUCCUAAUAGUAGUCCACUUUUAUAUUAGGAAUAUGGUGCCAUUUUGGACGGAGCCAGAAUGAAAUGAAACAGGCCAGACUGUGUGAAUGUUGCCGUCUGUGGAGGUGACUGUCUGUUGGGUAUCUACGCAUACACGGGUAUGCCUAUUAGAAUGUACUCUGUGGGUCCUGUCUGUCUGUGUUAGGUCUUUUAGAGGUUUUUGUGUGUUUCUGUGUGUUUGAGUGUGUAGCAGUAAGAUGCAGCCCUCCCCAGUCAGACACUGUGCCAGUGUGAGCUUUAGUGAAGCAGCCUUAAUACAGACAAGAGACCAUGCUAUAGUAACGCUCUCUCACUCACACACACACACUCGCAGCACUACGUUACAAAGAGAAAACCCACUGAUAUCCCUAAUUAAUCACACUUUUAUUGUCAUUCAUUUUGUGCAAUAUUUUUCUUUAAUGCAUGUGUAUUUGAAUAAUUGUAUAUUGUAUAAAAUGUAAACUAAAAUGUUUUGAAAAAUUGUAGAAAAGGUGAAAGAAUUCUCCCCCUUCCCCAAAGAAAAAAAGUAUUCUAACCCCAACAACCUACAUUCCGAUGUUAAAAAAAUAAUAAUGUAUUUAGACUUGUUUUAUAAGUCUGUUUUUUGGGGGGGGUUUCUCACUCCUGAUCUGUGGUUUCCGUGCUGAUGUGUCAGUAGCAGGAAAGAGGAGUGAUCAGCCAGUCGAGCUAAAGCCUCUGGAUAGAAAGCUAGCUCAUUGGUCUAGCAAUAUAGGAGAGGGGCUUAUUAUCCAUUUGAGCCUGUUUGGAGCGCAAACAAAAAUGACAUCCUGUUAUAUGAACCGAUGACAGGAGAGACUUUGUCAUCUGACCAAUUGAAUUGCAGGAAUACUGUGUUCCUGUGAACCAAUAGAAUCACUGCUGAAGAGCACUUACUACCCGAGUUCUUCCAUUGGCCGAACAGAGCUCCAUUCCACUGCUGCCAUUGGAUGGAACUGUCCCUCGUCUGCUGUGAUUGGCUGGCAAUGAGCAGCUCUUGACUGUGAUUGACAGCGUGAGGACAUUAACUCUAAGCUGUGACACCUUUUUAAAGGGAGGUGGAUAUUUGUCCCUGGACUGGAGAGUUGACCAGGGGAACCCCAUAGGACUUCACCUUAAAAGCCUCCACACUCUCCUCCUGUUCAAGAUGGCUUGGCUGUUGAUGUUUUUUAAUCCCUUGGGGACAGGUUUUCAUAGUGUUUACCUCACAUCAACAUGAUCCUGUGUUGUAUAAAUCAUGAAAUGAAUGGGAACAGAAUCUAAUGGGUGAACACAAUGAGACAACACGGCCUCAUGUAGAUUUUGAUGAAACGUUGCUGUGAAAAACUGGGAUCUCCUAUUACAUUAUGAAUCUAUGAUAAUGAACCGUGUGCAUAUCUGUGUACAGUACGUGUCUAUAGUGUGCCUAAAUGUCUGUCAACUCUAUUUUCAUAUUUUUCUUUAACAAAAGAUAAAGAUCAAACAGAAUGUCAUUGGUCAUUUUAGACUGAAAAGAACUCAAGACUCUAGAACCAGAGAAAUCUAAAGAUUUUAGAGCCAGGGGUGGGUUUUAGACUCGAACCAGGUGUGGCCAACCCUCUUCCUGGAGAACUACUGGCUUUUGCUUAAACCUUGCUCUGUUCUAAUACACCCAAUUUAGCCAAUCAAGGUCUCGAUGAGGAGCAGCUGAACCAGGUGUGUUAGAGCAGGGCUGGAGAAAAAUCCUGCACAGGAGGGUAGCUCUCCAAGAGCAGAGUUGGAGACCCCUACUCUGUGGUGUUUCUUGCAUCAUGCUUAUCAAACUAUUCCUUUGGAGACGCUGAACUCCGAUCAGUAUAACACUAAUAAUAAAAUGAUAACUAACUGA